CAAAUCAAACAAAUCAAAAUCUGUCACUUGUCUGUAUUAUACUUAAGGUUAAACAAAUACUGAUUACACGCUUCCGUGGAGGGAUUUUUCAUACUUAAACAUUUAGUUAUCCGCUCCUCGGUUUUAUGGUUGGUGAGCUAGAACAAAUCCAGCUGCCGCGGAUUGACCUGCCUCACAUCAUGGACUGCUCGUUCUUGCUGCUUUUCCGCAUUCUUAAUAAAGCUUUCAUGGCGCCAUAAUAAUGAUAAAAACAGCUCAAUCUGCAUUAAAAAUCAUCAUCACCUUCUCCAAUGGCGCUUCUCCGUGAUAUUUUUUAACAAGGAAAAAUUAUAAGGAAUUCCCCUUCAUUCUCUGUUUCUUCUUCCUUAAAUCCUUUUUGGGGCUAAACAAACAGGGGACUGGUGACCUGUCUCCAUCGACUUCUCUUGGGGGGAAAAGUAGUAAUUCUUCUUGGGUUGCUGCAAGAACCCAGCUUUAUUACCUUUCGUUGAUUUUGCUGUGGGAAAGGGGAAUUUUUGUUCAUUUCUGUUCCCUUCUCUUUCUUUUGUCUUUCUUUCUCCUGCGCCAGUGGCUAUGAAGUGGUUCCAUUAUUUCUCGAGCAGAGAGAAGAAGAAUGGAGGUGGAGGUGAAACAGCGUCGUCGCCACCAGCAGUCCCAAAAUCGGUUUCAGGGCGCUCGAAUUCUUCUUCGGUAUCCAUGUCGAAUUCGACUGAUCUUGACGUGAGAAGAUCUGGGUCGGAUUUCAAUUCCCAGAAUAUGUCCGAUUUCAGCACCGAAUCUUCUGCCCAGAACUCGUUCGCCGUAUUGUCUCAGAGGCGACAACAGCUGAUACAGAGUAGUAACCUCCGCGUGUUCACAUUCUCUGAGUUGAAGUCCGCCACCAAGAACUUCAGCAGAUCGCUCAUGGUUGGAGAAGGUGGGUUCGGCGGCGUCUACCGAGGGGUGAUCAAGAGCGCGGAAGAUCAUGGGAAGAAGAUUGACAUUGCUGUCAAGCAGUUGAGCAGAAGAGGGCUCCAGGGACAUAAGGAAUGGGUUACAGAAGUCAAUGUGCUGGGAAUUGUUGAACACGAAAAUCUCGUCAAGCUGAUCGGCUACUGUGCAGAAGACGAUGAACGAGGCAUCCAGCGACUAUUGGUAUACGAGUACAUGCCCAACAGGAGCGUGCAGGAUCACUUAACAAGUCGGUUUGAGACGCCUCUUUCCUGGGGAACAAGGAUGAAAAUUGCUCAGGAUGCAGCCAGGGGAUUAGCUUACCUACAUGAAGGAAUGGAGUUUCAGAUCAUUUUCAGAGAUUUCAAGUCAUCUAACAUUCUUCUGGAUCAAGACUGGAAUGCGAAGUUGUCAGAUUUCGGGUUGGCUAGGUUGGGGCCUUCAGAGGGUGUGAGCCACGUUUCUACUGCAGUUGUGGGGACAAUUGGGUAUGCAGCUCCUGAAUACAUUCAAACUGGACGUCUCACAGCAAAGAGUGAUGUUUGGAGCUACGGUGUUUUCCUGUAUGAACUCAUCACAGGCAGGCGUCCUUUGGACAGGAACAAGCCGAAGAAUGAACAAAAGCUGUUGGAAUGGGUGAGGCAACACCUCUCUGAUAUGAGGAAAUUCAGGCUCAUUCUGGACCCGAAACUGGAAGGAAAGUACGAUAUCAAGUCUGCCCAGAGACUUGCUGCAGUGGCCAACAGAUGCCUCAUGAGACAGGCUAAAGCACGCCCCAAGAUGAGUGAGGUUCUGGAGAUGCUUAACAAAAUCAUGGAUUCGGCACAACUUGGGACUAGUCCCCAACUCCCCAUGAAGAUGCUGAGAGAUCCAGAAUCUUCCAGACGAAUUCCUCGUCUGAACUUCAGCAUGAAGAUGGGAGACAAGGGAUGGUUCUGUUGGAGAAUACAGAGACCAAAGUUUCUGAGAACAUCACGAAAGGGAGUGAACUGAUUAUCAUCCUAGUAUUUUUGUUCAACUGACAUGAAUGGAUGGGUUGUGUUUGUGGUGAGCGAGGCAUUCGUACCUAUCUCUUGUAUGGGUAUUCUUCUCUGCUUAAGGGGUGAGAACUGUAACUGUAAAGGGUUUGUUACCAACGUUUUGGAGAGCAGCAGAAGAGUUUUUCCCUUUGCUAUUGCAGAAGUCUGGUUCCAUAGCCAACUCUUUCAUGCCCAUUUAUUAUGUCAACGCUGGAAUGUCUAACCAACCAUAGUUUCCUCGGACUCGGAAGAUGUUCAAGAGGACCUUAGCCUGUCAAUCAGCUGAACCCUCUUACUUUUAGCCAAAGUCAACUCCCUCCAGCAACUAUUCUGUCUGACGAAUACUCUGUUCUUGCUUCUACACUUUUAUAGUUACAAUCCACAUCAGACUCGGAUUUCUCAUGAUCAACAGCCUCAACUUCAUCAUUAGUGCUUCUCCGCCUCUUCAAACUUGGGUUGGAUUCCAUCAUCAAUUCAACAUACUUCUGCCUAACUAUCGACAAAGGAUGUCUCGCAAUAGCCGAUUCAUCGCGAAAAGCCUCCUUUAGAAUGGCUGUACGAGUCUUGUUCCUGAAAGACAAGUAAAAGAUAUGGGGAUGCCUUUCAAACGCCUUGUGCACUUUCUGCGGCAAACCGAAAUACUUCUUCAGGCACAAAAGCUUCUUUCUUUCAGCUGAAUGCUCUACAAACAAACAAAGCAACUCAUGAAGAAACCCCACAACCCUCUUCUCCGCAAUAUCACUGUCGGUAUCCAAGUAGGAGUAAUCCUCAUAUGGCGACACAUAUGGAAGUUUUUGAUACUCAAUGAGCCAAUCAGCUAUCUUCCUCUUAAGCCUCAAACCUUUAGAUGGAAAGAGUGGGAACUCUAAUGCCUCCAUCGGUUCUCCUGAAUAAACCCCUUGUUUCAUGGCGUUCGUUUGCAGGACAGAUAAAACUCUUCCUUGGCUCUCAACUGCUAAACCCUUCAGCCCACCUUCCAAAUCCACUAAUCUGAAAGACCCAUCAUCGAAUCUCUGCAGAUAAUCAUCAGGCAAACCUAAAUACCAACCCAUCCCUUGGAUGAUCUUCAAAGGCAAAUUAUGCUGGGGGCCAACAAAUUCCUCGAAGAUUGAUGGGUAUUGCCUAAAAAACCUAGCCACUUUGAUGUUCAGAUCAAAUUGCCGACCUUUCUUUGACACAUCAGAGAUGGGGAUGCAACCACUGGGGUUCCGAGCUAUGACGUUCUUCAGUGAAACAAUGCGUUUCAGCUCCGUGGACUUGUGAAUGUGCUCGAUUGAAUCGAAGUAGGGAUCUUUCUUCCAUUUCAUGGUCACUUGAACAUAGCUCUGAGUUUGCGUGUAAGAACAUUGGAGAUUUGGUGGGUAGGCAUCGUUAGCUAGCGGAAAUAUGGGAUUUAGGGAAGCGGAGAUUAGGGUUUUGAUGCAUUUGGACUUGGGGUUUUUGAGGAUCAUAUUCAUAUGGGUUGCAGAGAAAUCAGAUAGGAAUCUAGAAAAUCGGAUGCUAGAUAAGAUCUUGGCGAGUUUGAAAUUGGAGAUGGUCGCUUGCAAAGCCGAGAGCUAACUGCCAUAGGCACAUCGUCGGCGGGAAACGGAAGUUAAGUGGCG